AUGCUGAGCGUACGGAAAAUAGGAAGUGGAUUCUUCAGCUGUGUGCAGAUCACAUUCCGUUCCUGGCCAUUACGAACUGCGAACACUAAUGCUCACACUGAGUUACUUGGAGGCCACCUUCCACAGGACAAUCAUGGGCUCAGGUGGACCGUGUGGCUGUCAGUCACCGAUGGAGAGCCUCAGAUAAGGAAUGUCGUUCCUCCUGGGGCCCAGCUGGCAAUUCGCUUUUCGUCAGUAUUACGCAUGCCUUGGGUGGCGAGAGGGCUCAAGUGGUUAGAGCGCGAGUUUACUGAUCGGGAGGUCCGUGGUUCGCACUCGACCUCUGCCUCCCGAUUUCCCCUGUCUAGGCCUGGGCAACCUGGUAGUAUCCCAGUCCUCGUGUCUCCUUCGUGUGGCAUGGCAGCUGGCACCGAAAUGAUGCUGAGCGUACGGAAAAUAGGAAGUGGAUUCUUCAGCUGUGUGCAGAUCACAUUCCGUUCCUGGCCAUUACGAACUGCGAACACUAAUGCUCACACUGAGUUACUUGGAGGCCACCUUCCACAGGACAAUCAUGGGCUCAGGUGGACCGUGUGGCUGUCAGUCACCGAUGGAGAGCCUCAGAUAAGGAAUGUCGUUCCUCCUGGGGCCCAGCUGGCAAUUCGCUUUUCGUCAGUAUUACGCAUGCCUUGGGUGGCGAGAGGGCUCAAGUGGUUAGAGCGCGAGUUUACUGAUCGGGAGGUCCGUGGUUCGCACUCGACCUCUGCCUCCCGAUUUCCCCUGUCUAGGCCUGGGCAACCUGGUAGUAUCCCAGUCCUCGUGUCUCCUUCGUGUGGCAUGGCAGCUGGCACCGAAAUGGUAAUCGAUCAGCUCAAGUCUUUUGGUGCCAUCCAGCAUCCUUUGUUGUCAGAAAGUGUUCGAUUCGCACUCAGUGAUGAUCCAUCGCCGGUGGAAGUCGGAGAAGCCGAGGAUCUGUACGCUGUUCCCGUGGUAACGACCGAUUGGGUGAAACUCUCUGCUGAGGCUGGCCAGUUCUUAGCAUUCAAGCCGUUCCAUCCGGAUUUUAAAAAGCUAUUCAGUGGUCUGGUUUUCACCUUAGCCGAGCUUUCAGCCAAGGAUCGCUUAUCCAUAUGGGCUACGUCUGUCAUACAUGGCGCCAAAGUACAACAUCACCUUGAUAAUAGUGUUACUCAUGUGAUCCUUGGUCGGGCAUGUGGGCGCUUCUACAAGGUGUGUCACGAGGAGCUGCGCGAGAAUGGACCUGCACUAGUUACACCGGAUUGGAUCUUAGAUUGCUUAGACAAGAAGCAGCUACUUUCCUGCGAGUCUUAUCACCCAGACCUACUUAAGCUUCCGGCCGUUCCGUCUAAGCCUCCUCUACGGACCCAUAAAGCUCCACAGAAUGAUUCCACUAGUGGCACCAUUCAACAACAAGCGCAAUCACAACAGGCCCAUCAACCCCAGGGUCCGCGGUUACCGGAACAACAACAGUACGUGGGAGUCAACCCAGAAAAACCUGGCAGGGGCGAGAGUCAUAUGCGUUCAGCUCCAGGUCGAGGUGGUCUUGCCGUGAAAAGGGCUGAACAGGAACGGAAAAUGCAACAGCAACAUCAGUUCCAGAUGCAGCAACCGAGGUUUGAUACAUCCGCACCUACUGGUCAGCCUCGCUAUGUAUCGGCAUCGCCAAAUACCCAGAGGUUACCGUCUGCACGGUUUACAGGGCAUUACGAACAGCAGCGAUUUGCCACCAGCAUGCCAGGCGUAUUGGAUCCGAACGUGGGUUCUGUUGGUCUGCUGACGAUACCAGGAACAAAUCUGGCCAGAGGACAGGAGAAUCAACACAUGUUAGCAACACAGUCUCCAUCUGGACAUGGAACGCUAUUGAUGUCUGGGUCAAGUCUCCAGCAGCACAUGCCACAAACAUGCACGGGCCCGGCAACAGGUGGUGGAGGAGUGCAUCACGGAAAAGGAGGAAAGAGCAAAUCAAGCAAGCACGUACAAGAGCAAAAUCUGAACGAGGAAGAGAAGGACGCAAUCGUGUUUCAAUAUGUAAAAAAUAUACUUAGCUCUCAAAAUUUGGCUGUUCGGGAUAAUCCCACAACUAGAGCGUCCGGGGCGGAUGUUGGACCGGCCGGUGCAGUUUCAGCGUCAAGUUCUUCCGGAUCUGGUCAUCUUGGUAAUCAGACCGGAGUUGGUUUGUGCCCUACUUCUGGUCUGGUUUCUGCAAACACUUUGUCAUCAGUCGGUAGCCAGUCUGCACCGGGAACUCCACGCAAAUCCAAGUCUCCGAAAUCUCCGGGUCGUGCCAAUCCUAGUGCUAUCGGUUGUGCUGGUAGCGGUCCCAGAGCUUCUCCGAAGGCGUCCCCCAAAUCCAAAACUAACACAAUGACCAAAGUGCUCUCUUCCCCACAGCAGCAGCAACAGCAACAGCAACAACAGUCUUCAAUUAUGCUGACUGGCGGGCAUGCUGGUAGUACCCCUCCAGUGUUGGUAGCAGGCCAGUUGCAUCACGUUCCAGGACGUCAGCUCAGUGCUACAGGACCGCAACCUACACCACAGCAACAUCAGCAACAGGUACAGCGUCCCGUCCAACACUUUUUAGCUGCUGGCAAUUUACCGCCACCCAGUCCACUUCAUCAACAGCAGCAACAACAGCAACAAGUUGUCCCAGGCGCCCCAGCAUACAUAGUUCAGAGACAUCCUGGUGGUCAGCUGUUAGCCAGUGUGUCCCGACAACCCAUCUCAUCCCAACUGCAUCCACAAGCGGUUGCGACACAUGCAGGUCAGUAUCAACGAACUGGUGGGGUUCUUGCGACAGUGUCGACGUCAAGCCCGGGGUCUUCCGCUGUCGCUGUUCAGCCUUCGGGGCAGCAAAUGCAACAGCCUCAGCGGCAGUUUGCCCAAGCACAGUUACAGCAGCAACAACAACCUACUUUGUUUGUGAGAACAUCACGACAGAUCUACCAGGUACGGUUUUUAUUUAGCAUGUCUCCCAAACCGGCCAAUCUUCGAAGCGGAUCUGCGCGAAUUUCUUCUUAG